UUGGCAUUAUUUGGGUUUGAAUGACAGGAGUGACUCGUACCUUACUGCGAGUUUGUCGAAAAAUUUUUGGGAUUUUCGGAGAGAAAUGGGGAAAAAGCAAAGUAGGUAAUAAUGACGGCACGCACAAAAAAAUAUGUAAAGCCGAGCGACGAUCUGAACUGUGAACUGGCUACUACCAUCCUAGGCCGGCGGCAAUCCUCACCACAUCCGUAUCCAAGUCCGUGCUCGCAUCCCAGUCGGUCGAGUGCCCAGAAAUCAAAUACCCGGAACAGGAACAGGACCAGGACCAGGACCUGGAAGGAGGCUAUUCAUAUUAUUGAUCAGAGAGGCAAACAAAUCCAUAGACCAGUUGCAACCGGGAAGAAUUGGAAGCUGUCCUCGAGGAACUCUUCCCGGAGGCAGAAGAAAUGUAUUCGGCGGUGAAGCCGUUGUCCAAAUAUUUGCAAUUCAAGUCGAUCCGGAUCUACGACUCCGUCUUCACCAUUCAUUCCAAGUGCACCGUGGUUAUCCUGUUGACCUGCUCCCUGCUCCUAUCCGCCCGCCAGUACUUCGGCGAUCCCAUUCAGUGCAUCAGCGAGGAGAAGAACAUAGAGUAUAUUCAGUCCUACUGCUGGACCAUGGGCACCUACAUCCUCAAGCUGGACAACUACAGUGAGAAGCAGCUGCAGUUGCCGCCGCCGCCCCAGGAGUCUGGGGAUGCCUCUGCGACUUCCUCUUUCGGCUCCGGCUCCGGCUCCGGCUCCGGCUCCGACUCCUCCUCCACAGGCUCAGCCUCAUCCGCCGCACAAACCCCUGGCCGGUCCAGGACGAGAUUCAGGACCCGACCAAGAUCCAGUCUGCGCCGGUUGGCGGACUACAAUGAGGCCUAUGCCCGGGCCAUGUCCAUUGCCGAGGGAGUGGGUCCCGAGAUCCGGGGUAAGACGCAGCGGGAAUACCUGCGCUACUACCAGUGGGUGAUCAUCCUGCUGCUCUUCCAGUCGUUCAUCUUCUACUUCCCGUCGUGCCUGUGGAAGGUGUGGGAGGGGCAGCGCCUCAAACAGCUCUGCUCGGAGGUGGGGGAGGCCCUGCUCUCGGAGGAGACCUACAACACCCGACUGCGGCUCCUGGUGAAGUACUUCACCACCGACUACGAGGACAUGCACUUUUGCUACAUGGCCAAGUACGUGUUCUGCGAGGUCCUCAACUGCUUCAUCAGUAUAGUUAACAUUAUCGUGCUGGAGGUCUUCCUGAACGGAUUCUGGACCAAGUACCUGUACGCCAUGGCCACGAUUCCGUUCUAUGACUGGGACCGGUGGAACCGUGUCUCCUCCAGUGUCUUCCCCAAAAUAGCCAAGUGCGAGGUCCUCAAGUUCGGGGCUAGUGGAACGGCCAACAUCAUGGACAAUCUCUGCAUCCUGCCGCUGAACAUAUUGAACGAGAAGAUCUUCGUGUUCCUGUGGGCCUGGUUCCUCCUGAUGGCCCUGAUGUCCGGCCUGAAUUUGGUCUGUCGCGUGGCGAUGAUUAUCAGCAAGACCCUAAGAGAGCAGAUGAUCCGGAGCCAGUUGAGGUUCAUGAAGAAGCGGCAUGUCCAGAGGGCGCUGAGGGAUCUGACGAUCGGGGACUGGUUCCUCCUGAUGAAGGUCAGUGUGAAUGUGAAUCCGAUGCUCUUCCGGGAUCUGAUGCAGGAGUUGUGCGAGUUGCGGACCUCCUCGUCGAGCAGUAUAAUCGAGAGCCAUGUCUAGACCUUCUAUAUCCUUUUGGGAAAGGACCUGGAGUGAGAAGCAC